AUGUCAGUAGCGUUUGAUCUCCAGCAAUGCAGUCCCAACACGGGCCCUAACCCUUCCCCGCUGAGCGAUAGGGAGACUAAUUCAUCAACCCCCACCAGCCCUCCAUCUCCUAAAGCGAUAAUUUCUAGGACGGGCAAAGAAGAACUAAACUUGACUUCUUCUACAACAACACCUGUUUCGAAUAACAAUCUUAGUAUUUCGCCUCCGAUAUCUCCGCUGAUUACAAAUAGGACAGAUGGGGUCAAGAAUGUCGUGAGUUUGACUGGCGUGACAGAGAACAUUCCUAGUCUUGAGCUAAAUUCCGCAGCAUCUGAACGUGGAGCUGAAGCUGAAGCUGGUAUUGGUAAAGAAAACGAUAUUGUACCAGCUCUGGGUGAACGAACCGUACAAACGAAAUCCCGGUCGUAUUCCACUUCGUCAACCAGUCCUCCCAAACUCAGCGUUGUAACUGGACUUUCGGGUCCCCCAGGUCAAAAGUCGGCAUCUGCUGCUGUCGUUACAAACCGAUCUGGUACGUCAAGACCAAGGUCGAAUUCAGUUUUACAUUCAACUAGUUCUGGAGGUUCUGGAGGUUCUGGAUUUAGUUCCGGCUUUGGAUCUGGAUCUGGAUUUUCCCAGGCAACACCUGCUCCUGCACCGGCACCAACACCUCCACUCCGACCGAGAUCCAAUUCAAAGAUAUCAGGUACAAUGACAAAACUACGAAGUUUCUUAUUUUCGGGCGAAAAAGAAAGACCUGGGGUGACGCCGGGUCAUACGCCGUUAGGAUCAACUGCUCAAUCUGGUACCGCUACUCCUGCUAAUACAUUACAUACGAGCGUUACACCGUCUACAAUAGGUUCACAUACUGAAUCAACAUUGCAUAUUCCAGAAGCUGGUAUUGGACGAUCAGGAGGACCCAAAAUUAGCUCUGGUGGUACUAGUAGCCCUGCUAAUGGUGGAGGAAGUGCCAAUGGAAGUAUCGGCACGCAAUCACCGUCUUCAUCUACGGUGUCUAUUCCAUCACUUCAUGAAACAAGUUCACCUGCUUCAACUCCUCAACCCGCACAAACCGGAAACACCACACCAAACUCAUCAUCUGCAUCGGUUGGUCGGUCGGGCUCGAUAUCUAAAUCAUCGUCGUCAUCAGCAGCGGGUCUACCACGGUUCGCUGUGUCUGAAGAUGGUAGUACACAUUCUCAUCACCUCAAGACGGCCAAACGGCAGGAGAAACUGAGUGGCAUGAUUAAAGAGUUUUUGGGUGGUAAGAAACUUCGAGACGAAGCAGUUUCUGCCGUUUCCGCCAUUUUGAACAGCGGUGGCAAUGCAUCCAACGCCGCUGCUCAAGUACCUGGAAAUCAACCUCCGAGUCUGAUGGCAGGAUUUGUUCACCAGAUCAAAAAAGGCGACCAGGACGUUGAGUCCCUGUUUAAGACAGGAGUCGUGCCAUCCCAAAGCUCGUUUGUCGAGAAAUACGGUAAAUGCCACGAAGUUAUAGGAAAAGGAGCAUUUGGCGUGGUGCGAGUAGCACAUAAAACAGAUCCAAAGAACCAGCGAGACCUGCUAUUUGCAGUCAAAGAGUUUAAAAAGCGGCCACAGGAAUCAGAACAAAAAUAUUCCAAACGACUGACAUCUGAAUUUUGCAUUUCAUCUUCACUCCAUCACCCGAAUAUCAUUCAAACACUUGACUUGCUACAAGAUGCCAAGGGCGAGUACUGUGAAGUCAUGGAGUACUGUGCCGGCGGCGACUUAUACUCUUUGAUUCUGGUGGUGGGUAAACUCGAGUACCUAGAAGCCGAUUGUUUUUUCAAACAGAUUAUUCGUGGCGUCAAUUACAUGCAUGAGAUGGGAGUUGCCCAUCGAGAUCUGAAGCCCGAAAACAUUCUUCUCACGUCCAACGGAGCAGUCAAGAUUACUGAUUUUGGCAACGGCGAGUGUUUCCGGAUGGCGUGGGAAAAAGUGAUUCACCUAUCGAACGGAGUGUGUGGGUCCGCUCCUUACAUUGCACCAGAGGAGUUCACCGAGCCGGAAUUUGACCCACGAGCGCUCGAUAUCUGGGCUGUGGGCGUGAUAUACAUGGCCAUGCGAACAGGACGACACCUGUGGAGAAUGGCCAAGGCGUCGGAAGACGAGUUCUACGCCAAAUACCUCGAGGGCCGCAAAGACGAGCACGGCUACGAGCCCAUCGAGAGCCUCAAACGAGCAAGGUGCCGCAACGUUAUUUAUUCAAUUCUCGACCCUGUUCCCAGCCGACGUAUCACUGGCAAGCAGAUCCUCAACAGCGAGUGGGGCAGAGAGAUCCACGUGUGCCAGGCCGGCGACCUGGGCUUAUAA